GAAGUCUCAGCUUCUCGCAUGCGCAGUUAGUGGGAAUGCACCGCUAUGAGCGUACUGCGCGUGCGCACUUGCGCGCUCCCAGGUCUGCGGUGCUUCGAGUUCACCCUGAACGUUUUCGGAGGGAGGUCUGUGCCAAGACCAGAAAGAAAAAGAAAAACAGAAUCUGAGGCCUUGUACCCCACUGAAAAACCAGCGUCAGAUUUAGAAAGACUCCUGGGUGGAGAAGGGGGCGCAUUAGAAUUGGAAUUUGAGUGGUGAGCCUGGCUGUGAACAUCUCUCUUCAAGCAUCCUGUUCCAGUCCUGAAUAAGCCCAGCUACAUCCUUUAUGAGCAUCUCAGGUUUAUUCCGAUUUCCUGCACCACUGACCAGACUAUGCGCAGUGCCUCGGGGACUUGGGCUUUGGGAGAAGCUGAAGCUGCUAUCCCCAGGAAUAGCUGCCACGGUGGUCCAGAUGGCAGGCAAGAAGGACUGUCCUGCUCUGCUUCCCCUGGAUGAGAAUGAACUUGAAGAGCAGUUUGUGAAAGGACACGGACCAGGGGGCCAAGCCACCAACAAAACCAGCAACUGUGUGGUGCUGAAGCAUAUCCCCUCUGGCAUCGUUGUCAAGUGCCAUCAGACAAGAUCUGUUGAUCACAAUAGAAAGCUCGCUCGGAAAAUCCUACAAGAGAAAGUGGAUGUUUUCUACAAUGGUGAAAAUAGUCCUAUUUACAAAGAAAAACGGGAGGCAGCAAAGAAAAAGCAAGACAGGAAAAAAAGAGCAAAGGAAACUCUAGAAAAAAAGAAACUAUUGAAACAAUUAUGGGAAUCAAGUAAAAAUUCUACUGAGAAAGUAAUCACUGAUUCCAGCUGACUUCGCCAAAAGGCUUCUGGGGAAAGAUGGUGGCGACUCCUGUCACCAGCACUGGUACAAAGCUUUUAAAGAAAUAACUGACAGAUUUAAAAGACAUCAGUUUUUAAGUGGUGGACUAAACUAUAGUGAAUAUUGAUGCAUACUUUGGGAAUAAAACUAUAAAACACAAGAAAGUUGUCACUAUAAAA